UUGUGAUGUUGGAGUCACUAUGGCUAUAAUGAUUCAGUAUCUCUGAUGUAGCUGCUUGCAUCGUACGAUAUGGAUAUUCAAGCGUUCCGAACUCAACAGCUUUGUCGCUCUCAGAGUCGACAUAAAUACUACUACUCCUUCACACACGACCCAUGGUGAUUUGUGGUGAAUUUAGUUCAAACUUAUUUUCAUCUCAUUCAGACACUCAUUGCAAUGUGUCUAUAUCCAACAGCAUAUCAAGAUCGCACUGAAGACAUUCAUCUCUAUGCAUUCAUUGAUGAUGGCAAGAGCUUAAUCAAUUUUGUCAUUCACCAAUAACUUUAUCAUAAUAACUCCCACUAUCUCACAAAGUUCAAAGAUAAGUCGUCUUAUCUUUGAACAUAAAAUCCUCUCAUGUAUCACAAGUCUGAUGAUCACUACAGGUUCUUCAUGAACUAUGUCACGGUGCUCAGUCUUGGCCGUAAAACCCAGGGAGGCAUUCUCCUGGACUUGAUUGGUGGGUUAAUUCCAAGACCAUUGCGAUAAGGAUGAAAACAAAUUUGUUCUUUUUCCUGAACCUAUAUUUUAAGCCAUCAAAUAUUUUAGUGAAAACCUUUAAUAUGCUUUUGAUGAAAAGGCUAUUUCAAAUAAGAGAAUCAAACAGAAUGAUGAUGCGAUGAAAAUAAUGGAAAAUUUCAAUUAAUGAAUUGCUUGAAAUUUUGCAGUUUAAAAUUCUAUAAUUUAGAGUUUAUAAGACGAUUUCCUUGGUAUAUCUAAAUUAUUUCAUUUCUUGCAAUGAGUCUGUCAUAACUCCGCAGAUUUUGAGAGUGAAAUGGCUCAGAUUAUUCCAGAAUUAUUCAGUCUAUAAUAACCCGAUUUGCUUGAACACAAUGUUUUAGUAACACAAUUGCGCUAAUCACCAAUUAAAAUGACUAAGUCUCAAAUAUGAUAGCAAUCUAAGAGCUUUCAAAGUCAAGGUGUUUCAAUGUUCAGGCUCUUAAUCUCUUCUAGGAAUGGAAAAGUGUUAUACCAUUUUCUAUCAAAUUACAGUCAUUUUUACAUAGAUUUGUGUUAGAAUAUGUCUUGUAUGUCUCAAUACUGCCAAUUCCUAUUCUGGGGCUUUGUAUCAAUACUAUCGAUGCAAAAUUCCACACAUUUUUACUAGAAAUUUUGCCACAAGCUUAUUCCCUUGUAUUUGAAUUAAGGAGCACAAGCUUUGAAAUUGAUCUGAAUAAUUCUGGAUAAAGAAAGACAGUUUUCAAACUCUUUACUUACGACAUAUUGU